AUGGUGUUUAUCCAGGAGUUACACGGCCCCAAAGAGACAAUGGCCCAGCUUAAGCCUCUCGAGCACCGGAAUAUUGUCCGGCUCUAUUGUGCGUACUGGGCGUCCGGUUCAAUUUAUCUAGUGAGCGAGCCAAGCGUCAUAUCGCUGCGCCAGAUCAUGAUGUUUAGGCCAUCUUGGGGACUUGAGGAGACGGCUGCGCUUAGUAGGGGUGUACUAGAUGGUCUUAUGUUUGUCCACAAUUCUCUUGAAAUAGCACACGGAUCGCUCUCAACUGAUAAUAUCAUGCUUACAUGGGAAGGGGGAGUGAAGCUAGCAAAUAUAGGCAGCAGUAUUAUUGACGGAAAGGGCCGAGAGCAUAGUAGCGGUGAUCUCCGCUCUCUUGCCCGUAUCAUACAGAAUAUCACGGAACCUGCCUCCCUUCUUGACGAGGAACCAAGACUUGCUUUAAAGCAUCCCACUGGCACGGAUUUGGACGACUUCUUUGCCCAGCUUUUGACUGUGAAGCACGUGUCAGAUAUUAUCGAGCACAACUUCGUUAAGCAAGCGCAAGGGUCAGACGGGCUCACCCGCUGUGUCUGGAAGUGGUGGGCGGCAAUGUGUUAUUAA